CCCUUCUUUGCUUACUGGUUGCAAAGCGCCCUCGUGCAAUGAAGUAUCAAGCAGGGCUGUGUUGCUGCUGCUGCUCACCUCCAGAGAACAGUGAUGUCAGCGCUUAGAACCCAGAACGCAUGCGUUUAUCAGUCACUUAGCCAGGCAGGGGGAUCCUGUUUGUAUUCAGCCAAAGAGGAAGACAUAGGCAUCUAGUUUGGAUCAUUAUUGCGUUCAAGAAAAGCAUUAGCCAGCUCGAAAACGAAGACCCACCCUCCUGCCCUUUACUUAUCCACAUCAUUCAAACGACAGUCUGAGAAGCAAAAACGCAGCUUCUGAAAAAAGAAAAAAAAAACAUUGAGACGAGCUACGAAGCGGACAUAGGAGCGAAUUUUCGCCACAGCUUUUGUAUUAUUAAAUUGAGUCCUCACGUUUGAGGAUGAGGCUGACGAGAAACAGCAGACGGUGCUCAACAGUAGGUGAAGAUGGGAAGAAGGAGCUGGCUCCCCCAUUUAGGAACCCCUUUGUGCAUGAAAUACGAUUCACUCCACUGCAGAAAGCCCAGAUUGCAGUAAUGACAGUGACGCUGUUUCCUAUCCGCCUCUUCUUCGCUGCGUUCAUGAUGUUGCUGGCCUGGCCCUUCGCAUUCCUCGCCUCCAUGGGACGCUCAGAAAAAGUAAUAGAGCCCAUCUCGUGGUGGAGAAAAGUCUUUGAUGUUCUGCUCAAAGUAAUAAUGCGGGCAAUGUGGUUUGCUGGGGGGUUCCACUGGAUGACUGUGAAGGGACGUCAGGCGCUGCCCACGGAGGCUCCGAUCCUGACGCUUGCGCCGCAUUCCUCUUACUUCGACGCCAUUCCUGUCACCAUGACCAUGGCCUCUAUCGUAAUGAAGGCUGAAAGCAAGGACAUUCCAGUUUGGGGAACCUUGAUCAAGUACAUUCGUCCAGUGUUUGUCUCCCGUUCAGAUCAGGAUUCCCGGAAAAAAACGGUCGAAGAGAUAAAGAGGAGAGCCCAUUCAGAAGGAAAAUGGCCUCAGAUAAUGAUAUUCCCUGAGGGAACUUGCACUAACAGGUCCUGUCUGAUCACAUUCAAGCCUGGGGCAUUUAUUCCUGCAGUCCCUGUGCAGCCUGUGGUACUCCGUUAUCCCAACAAAAUGGAUACAAUCACAUGGACAUGGCAGGGGCCUGGAGCGUUCGACAUUCUAUGGCUUACUUUGUGCCAGUUACAUAAUGUUGUGGAAAUUGAGUUCCUACCAGUCUAUACACCCUCUGACGAGGAAAAGAAGAAUCCAGCUUUAUUUGCCAACAAUGUGAGACGCUUGAUGGCAAAGGCCUUGGAGGUUCCAGUUACAGAUUACUCAUUUGAGGACUGCCAGCUAGCAAUGGCCGAGGGCCAGCUGAAGCUUCCGGCUGAGACGUGCCUCCUGGAGUUUGCCAAACUUGUCAGAAGACUUAGCUUGAAGCCUGAGAAGGUUGAAAAGGACCUUGAGGAGUACAGCGAGAGAGCCAGAAAGACCAAAGGGAAAAGGCUAGACCUGGAGGGGUUUGCCUCCUAUUUAAAUCUCACAGUCUCAGAUACUCUGAAAGAUAUGUUCGCACUAUUUGAUGAGAACGAGGAUGGUACAAUGGAUGCCCGAGAGUAUGUGAUUGCCUUAUCUGUAGUAUGCAGACCUUCUAAAACUCUUGCAACAAUACAACUAGCCUUUAAGAUGUACGAGUCAGAACAAGAUCGAACGAUUUUAGAAGAACAUUUAGCCUGCAUUCUAAAGACUGCCUUGGGAGUAUCAGAACUGAAUGUAACAGAUUUGUUUAGAGCAAUUGAUAAUGUGGACAAAGGAAAAAUCACUUUCGAUGACUUCAAUGACUUUGCAGAACAAAACCCUGACUUUGCAGAGGAGUAUCUCUACCCAGACCAGACACGUUUCCUAAGCAGUGCAGAGACCCCGUCAGCCCCGAUCGCAAACGGCUUCUGCACAGACUUCAGCCCAGAGGACCAAUACGAAGAGGAAAGGAGGCCGCUGCGGAAGAAAAUUAACUGAGUGGUUAUAAAACAUGCCUGUCUCCUCUCCUGGUGAGAGUAAAAGGCUUAUGCCAAGAGUGUGCUACAUGGUCAGUCAGACAUAUGUGGGAAUAACUUAAGUGUGCGAACAUGCUAAUCCCUCCAACCCCACCCUUGUAUUUAUCAUAAUUUCCUAAUUGUUUUUCUUGUCGCUUGGUAUAACAUUUUUUUUGUUCAAAUGGUAUUUAAAAAAAGGAAUCUGAAAGCCACGAAAUGGGAAUGUGAUUCAUCUGUAAAAGUACACUUAAAAGCAAACCAAGCAUUUAUUUUUUUUGUUUUGUUUUAUGAACAGUGUAACAUAUAGACUGCAUGUUUUAAAACAAAAAAUCAAUGGGGGGGGGGGGGGGAGAGUGUAGCUCCUGUUGUGUUUAGUGCACCUUGUUUAGUGAUUUAUAGUAUUGUAUUCAUUUUGUGAGAGGUUUAUUUUUGUGUUAGCGUAACUAUAGUUUAAGAAGCUUUUGAAAACAAAAAAGGGUUUGCGUAGGAUUGUUUUGAAAUGCUAAUUUCAAACAGUAUUAGGCUAAUGUACAGGGGUCUGACAAAAUGGCAUUCUAGCACACACUAUAAUGUAACAGCAUAGGGCCUUUAAUAACUGAUGGUUUUUGGUUACUGACUAGUUCUCAUGAUUGGUCAGAUUUCCAUGAGCAAGCAGCCUGGUGUGAAUGGUGAUUUGCUGAUUACUCAAAAAAAGUGUGCCAGUCUAAAAUGGAGCUCAGGGAAUCAAACAGUGAAAGAGUAAACAUUUAAAGGGUUAAGGUGGAGGGGUGGAGAGAAAGGUAGGUCAAACAUACAUUAGAAAAACACAAAUACAAUUAAUAUCUAUACAAUAUAUACACAUUUACCAGGAUGUAUGUGAUAAUUGGCUGAACUGUGAAGCUUUAAAGCUAAAACCUACUGGAAGUUAUAUUCUUAAUUUUAAUUUGAAGGAAACUUUUAAAUAUUAAAAUCCUCAGUGGACCAAAAAAAAAACACAUAUGUUAUGAGCAAAGACCAAAAUCUGGCCAAUGUUGUUGUUUUUUUUUGGGGGGGGGGGGGGGGGUUCCAUGAUAUGUACUGUUCACAUAUGUGGAUCUCAUUCUGUUAACAUACACAUUGAUUUCUCAGCCUGAAUGUGGUAUUUGCAUUUGUCAGCAGCAUGACAUCACAUUGACCUGCUCCACUUGCGAAGUUCUUCUUGCCUUACAGUAAGAAUUAAGAUUCCAGUUAAAAUUCUCUAAAACACUCUCACAUUCCACACCCGGUCCAGCUUACUGUACAAUCAGAUCAAAAAUAAAUUGUUACAGUGGCAUUUUAUUUACAUUUACAUAGAAACACUUUGCUUAGCACUGCCAUAUCAAAACUUAUUUGGAAAUGGAUGAAUAAGAAAGUCAACACCUAAAAUUUGCUUUCCAACCAAGCCGCACACAACCAAACCCAAAUAUAUAUUCUAGAAAACACAGACUUUACAGUAUCAAAUCAGUUCAAUAAAAUAUCAUUAAGAAACAAACUGUUGUAAAUAUAAUUUUGCUAUUAUAGCACGAAAGAACAAAGAGUUAUCAUCCAAACGGUUUCCUAACUUUAUAAAUAUGAAGACCUUUGUGCUUCAUUGCUCUUGGAGCAUUGCAUUGAAGCCUGUAAAAAGAACUUUGCCAAGUUUAGAAAGUACAGUGUAAAGCUUGUUCAGGGUUGCCGAAAAGUUUGCCCAAAUGACUUUACCUUUUAGUACAUUUUUUUUUAGUGACUGUACUUUAUCAUAAUUGUUUAAUAGAUGUGGCAGUGGAAUUUACUGUUUAGUUAGCUUGUUUAAGCUCUGCUUCAGAAUGCUGUGUUUUUUUUAUUGUUGUUAUUUCUGGGGGAGUGGGUGGUGGUGUUUUGUUUACCAUGGAGAGCCAAAAAAGGGAAAAUGCAGAUCCUUGCUACAUAGCUUGUGGCUGAGCUUUUCCGUAGGUAGCUACUUUCAUUUUGCAUAAGAUAUUAAAAAGUACAGAAAAUCUUAGUGAUACAUUACAGUUACCAAAAAACAUCUGCCGUUGACAGUUUUUUUCACUUUUAUUAACAAACCAUUCUAUAUACUAAUUUGGAUGCAUAAAAUGUAUGGUUGCAUGUGUAGAUUGCACAAAUUUGAACCAAAGUGGGAUACUAUAAACACAUAGUGGGCUCAAAACUUUUACUGUAGAAUGCAGAUACAAUAUUUUCCUUCUGUUUUGCUUUCUUAUAAGAUAUGACUCCCCCAGAAUGUAAUGUAUAUCAGAUAUUCCAUAUACAGGGCAUUAUGUGAAUAUGAAUAUAAAUUAAUGGUUAUACAUGUACACUGCCAUGAUUCCAAUCUGUACUCCACAGGUAAGCAGAGCUGUGCUGAGACUUGGUGAUUUAUGUAUUAGUAAGUCUAUACACUUCUUUAAAAAAAAAAAAAAAAAAACUAUUCAAUUAUAAACAUAGGUGUACUCGCUGCAUUCCAUAUCAACAU